AUGGAAGAAAUAACAGUAGCAUUAGGCUCUACUCAAAAUGAAUUAAAAGAAAUGUGCUCUACCCUUGCAUUUCUUGGGAAAACUGUCCCACAGGACUAUUUUCCAGAGUCUUUGCAUGAAAUUAGAAAUCAAUUAGAAGAUAUGAGAAGGGCAAUGUCUAAUCCCAGACCUCAGCUGGAAGUUUCUUUUCCUGUAAUCCCUCAUUUUAAACAGAAUUACACAUCUUAUAUUAGAAAAAGAGCAAGUCAUCAUUUGUCUCUUGGACAACCCAGUUUAAUAAGAAAUGAAGAAAGCCCAUCUGUGCUAAAAACAGUCAGAGAAAGGCUAAAUUUAAGUAGCCAACAAAUUAAUACAGAAAGAAGCAUCGGUAAAGCUACAUAUGCUAAACCAAAAUUUGUGAGGCUAGCAAAAGCAAAGGUGGUUCCUAAAGAACAAAGAAUAGACCCCGUUAACUUUCCUCCUGAAGUGAAUGCAGAAGAUGUAGAUAAUGGAGUCAUUUCUUUAGUAAAUAAAGGACUAGUUUCAAAGAAAACUGACUUAAUGCCUUUUUUAACAGGAAAACUGCCACCUAUUCAGCUAAAGGCAGCAAAAAUAAAUGAUGGAAGCUAUUCAGCAAAAAUACCAAAAAGUCCUCGUAGGAGCUGCAAGCCAAUUUGGGAUAAAAAAGACUCAUCUUUUGCUUCAAGCGGCCAUGGCGAAACCCCUAUACAAGUAGGGAUUGCUUCACCUGUAGAUUUUGUUUCAGAAAUCAUUCAUCCAAUCAUUCGAGCUCCAAUCGAAAAAAUUUAUUUUGAGAUAAAAAGAGGAAAGCUAAAAGAAAACCGGCAUUUGAAUAAAUUCAAAGAAAAACAUCACACAAAAUGAACGAGGAUAAGGGUUGUUUUACAAGAAGCUAUAAAACAUUGCAAAAAAAAUAAAAUUUUUAAAAUGAUUAUCGACGCAGAAAAGCUGCUAGAAGAGAUAACAGACGAAGUAAGGUCAACUGGGAUUAGCGACAUUUAUAAGUGCAUUGUCAAUAUGAGUGAAAUUAAAAAUAGGCCAAAGUUUCUUCAAUACCAAGGCAAUCUUGGUAGAAACCUUGCUGCUGUAAAAAUUCAGGCUGCUUGAAGAGGAUAUAAAGGUGCUCAGCAGUAUCGUCAUUUAAAAGCUUUAAAUGUAUACACUGAAUGCAUUCAAUUAUACUUCCAUUUAUAUCUUAAAAAGAUGGAAACUAAAAGGAUAAUUCAAGAAAAAAGAAAAGACAGGUUUAACAACUUUAGGGAAAGGCAGCAAAUAUUCCAAGAGAGUUAUGAUGAAAUUAUUUCGCAGCCUCAUAUUGAGAUUCAUAUUGGGUCUAUCCAGCCUGAUGCUUCGAUCCCUUUCUUUUAUUCUAAACAGAACUCCCAGAUAAUGAGGGUGUGCUCUAUUCAAGAUCCCCUGGUUUCAGUCAUUUAUAUUUCGCCAGUUCCUCUGGACAAUGAAUUAAUGGAAUAUUACUAUUCAUUACUUGAGUUGUCUCAUAUAAAAAAUGCAAGAUCCCGAGUAACAUUUAUUACUCCGAAUCAUGGGAUUAGCUUGUCUAAUCAAUUUUCCACAUCAAAACUUUUAUUUUUAGCCACUAAAACUAUAAAUAAAAUCAAGGAAAUGAUCAAAGGCAAGCCAGCAUUUUUAGUCCCUGGAGAAAUCUCAGAGGAUGACAUUUGAAUUUCCGAUUUACUAGGCGUACCAAUGCUUUCUAGUGAACCUGAUUUAAUCAGAAAAUUUUCUGGUAAAUAUGAGUCAAAAAAAGUGUUUGAAAUGGCAGGAAUUCCUACACCUAUAGGUAUAAGCCAAAUUUCCUCAAUUGAUAUGUUUUAUUCAGAGCUGACAAAAUUAAUUUUUGAAAAUAUUUUGGUGGACUCAUGAGUAUUUAAAAUUAACAAUGAAAGGAGAGGAAGGGGGAUCGCUUAUAUUGACGUGACUAAAAUAAAAACUGUAAUGAAAUUAAGAAAGCAAUAUGAUGAUCUGAAUGAAAAAAAUUAUGACGAUUUAAGCUUUGACGUCAAAAAAAUCGUCCCAACGCUUACAAAAUUUGCGGUGCCAAGCAUGUGGGUAGAUUUUGAUGCAUAUCUUGCAGCAUUUUGCCAUAGUAAAGGGACAAUACAAGUAACUCCUAAUACAAAGAGCCAUAAUAUAACAUCUCCUUCUGUAUCAAUUCUUAUACAGCCUGACUCAACGCUUCGUUUUCUAUGUGCUGUAGACCGCUUCCAAUCCCAUGACUACCUAAACGCAGGGGUGUUUUCCCCUCAAAAUUCUAUACCUCAAUCAGAGCUCCUUGAAAUUUGUAAAAGAAUCGGAAAUGUUUUAUAUGAGCAAGGCAUAUGAGGCUAUGUUUCAAUAGAGCUUGUUGCUUUUCCUGAUCCUUACAAUGAUGGUGGAAUGCCUCUUUACUGAGGAAUAGACUUAUAUUUUGGCCAUAAUAUCAUUUCUGCUAGCUAUCUGAUGUUCACAACUCUAGUUGGAGGCGCCAAUGAUAUUGUUACAGGCAAAUAUUUCAUUAAAUUUGAAGAGCAUGAAGACGAAAUGUCACUGGUUGAAGACCGAUUUGGGGACGACUUCACAAAUUUGCUUACCACAAAUAACCCAACUAAAACAAUAUUUGAGAAUCGAGGAAUUACUGAUAUGGACAAUGAAUGCAUUGAUAGGCCAGAUUAUGAGGAUUUUAAUAUGUUUGACGAAAGGCAUUUUGCGUUUUGUUGGCAUGCAGAGCAUCCAGAAAUAAAAGAUUUAAGCUUAGUAGCACUUUUUCAUAUGUGCAGGCUGGAAUCAGUGACAUAUUCUUUGGAGCAUUCCAAAGGGUCAGUUUUUUGUGCAUAUGAUACAUUAAAGAAUCAGCAUAUAGGAAUCAUGUCAAUUUGCAGCAAUAGAAAAGAAGCAAUUAGGCUGCUAACUGAAGCGUUUACCUUUAUGUUGCAGCAGGCAGGCCCUCCACCUCAGCCUAUUCUUGCUUAUAAAGAAGCUCCAAAAGAAGAGAUAAAUCUUAACGAGAUUAUUACAAAAAUAAAAGCAACACACAAGACUAUGGAGAAAACAGGGAAAAGUGGCAAAAAGAACUAUUUAAUAGAGCUGAUAUAG